AUGUGUGCAUCGUUGUUGGAAAAUGAAGUGCUGCAGAAAAGGGCCCCAAAUUAUAAAUGGAAAAGAGGUUACAAAGCAUGCACAAACUGUAAACUGAGAAAAGUAAAAUGUGAUAUGGGUCCUCUGGAGAAUCCACACGAUCCGCCCUGCGCACGUUGCAGGAGGGAGGGUAAAACAUGCGUCUUCCUCACUACAAAAGGUCGAAAGGCAGAUCUUGGAACUUCAAAAAUUCCUAGUACGACCCCGACUUUGAAGCCAAAUUCGGGCAAUUCGGUGUCAAAGAAAAGGCUGGAUAGUUCUACUGACUUAGUUAAUGAAGUCCCAGUAAAAAUUCCUAAAACGAGUCCAUCGAAUCCUAUUUCACCUACAAAAUGGAAAAUAGGAUUAACUUCUAUGCAAAAUUCAUUAGAAUUUUUGGCAAAAGCUGCUGGAAAUGUGGGUUUUCUUAGUGCUCCCUCAGCACAUUCUGCCCGGGAAGAACUAAAUUCAGCUGUAGUUCCCAAGGCAACUUCUUUGCCUCAAGAAGAAAGUCUAAUGAAUAUGACAUCAUCGUUGCAUUCAGAUCUUCUUAACAUAUCACCUAUUGGCAAAUUACAACACAAGUCUUUACCACUUAUUGAUAAAUUAAAUAUAGUAAGACCAACACCAAGAAGAAAAUUAACGGAUAUUGAUUAUAUUGGUCCUAACAGACUACUUUCCGAAAGCGAUGCAAUUGAGUUAAUUGACCUUUUCUUCUUAACAAUGUUUCCUUUCUUCCCAAAUAUUCCUCUACAGUUGCAAAAUCCGAAGGAAUUAGCUCAGUAUCCAAUUUUAUUAUGUGCAAUCCUGACGAUUUCCUCAAGAUACCAUUCGUUUGACACUUUUGCUGAUUCGAUAAACAAUGGCCAAAAUAAUAAACGCCGACACAUUGAUGUACACGAAAAAUUAUGGAUUUAUUGUCAAAGAUUAAUCUCACAGACUAUAUGGGCUGAAGCCAGUACCAGAUCUAUCGGCACAAUAUUAGCAUUUAUUAUUUUUACAGAAUGGAAUCCAAGGGCAAUCCACUGGAACUGGUCAGAUUAUGCGAGUGACCCAGCAUUGAAUGAUAUCUCAAAGAGGAAUAUGGAACCACAAAUUAUCAAGAGGGAAGAAGAGGGAUUAACAGGUAUUGAUGCAAUCCGAAGAAGUGACAGAAUGGCAUGGAUGCUGUCAGGAACAGCUGUGAGGUUAGCUCAAGAUACAGGUUUGAUACGAACGAACACAAAAGUAGCCAUUGCAACUCAUAUCUCCGAUACACAUACAGCAAUGAAUAUGAACCAACGCUCGGCUCUUUCUCAUUCAUUUAAUUCAGAUUUUUUUGAUCAUUUAUCAAAAAGUAGGUAUAUCGGUAAAGAUAGUACCCAAGUAGUUAAUGAGAAUUUUUAUCUCACCCAAAUUCUUCAAAAUAAAGAGAGCAAAGAACGAUGGAAGAAAAUAUCUGCCACUUUUCAAAAGGACAACGAGGAGACUGUAGGUCAAUUGUCUGAUAUGGAAUAUGAAUUCUUGAAUGAUGAGUAUGCAUUGUAUUUUUCAAAAGAGGAUAAUGAUUCAAGCCAGCGUCCCCCACUUCCAUUGAAGUUUACAUUUGUACAGAGAGCAAAAUUGGAACUUUUACGAAUUGUAACAUUGGGAUACGAAACAAUAUAUUAUGAGAACGGUGAACAAAGGCUAGUUUCCGAUGACCAGCGCCGCAAUCUAGCUGUCUUGAAUAUCCUUUCACCAUUGAUUGAUAGUUGGUACAGUAACUAUAAUUCUUUACUUAAGACUGAUGCAGUUAGGCCGGUCUCCCCAGGGAUGCAUAAACGUAAACAGGAAGCAUUUAAAAUGUCGCAAAAUAUAUCUGGAGAAACAAUGAUAAGUGACUAUUACUAUUGUCAAUUAUAUAUUUUCUCCUUGGCAUUACAGGUGGAUGUGGGACAAAAUAAACUGAAACUAAAUGAGAUUACAAGAUGUGCCAUAUACGUCGAGAAGGCAUAUGUAGCCGCUAAAGAAAUCCUUGAAUCAGCUGGCCGUGUUCACAAAUUGAAAAUGUUGAAAUAUAUGCCUGUUAAAUGGGUUAUGCGAAUUGUGAGAUCUGUGGCAUUUAUUGUCAAAUGUUAUCUUACUUUAACUAGCGGGAGCUUUUCUUCAAAUCCUGAAGCAAGAACAAUUCUAAGUUUAAGCGCUAUCUCUGUCGAUGAAACUAUUCAAACAAUACAAGAUACUGCAAUAAUCUUAAAGGAGGCUGCGCCAGAUGAAUUACACCUCUCUACGCGAUACUCUGCGAUUUUAUUAUACUUAUGUAGAGAAAUGAAGUCAAAACACGAAUCAAGCCAGCAAUCAAAAGGCUAUGAUUCAAAAUCGUCGAGUAACGCUCCCCUCUCCGAUGAUGUUAUUACUAACCAAUCAGGUGACAAGAUGUCUGAAGAUAUCCUACUGAAAUCACAUGCCGAAGUUGCUGCGAAGGAUCCUCGAACCUCUCAAGAGAAUAUUGAACUACAGAUGAAUAAACCUAAUUUGGAUGGCAAGUUUGCUUCUGAUAUGGAUUUUACGACAGAUAACCUAAAUGAGUUGCCAGGUGAUGUAGCGAAUUGGUUCACAACCAGUGGCAACAUUGGGUUAGAAUUUGUAGAACCAUGGACAGAAAUGAUUGAACAAAUGUAUCUCCAAAGCGGCGACGCCAACACUACUUUUGAUGAUUUAUAUAAAGAGAUAUGCCAAGACAGUAAGUAA